AUGGGUCGUCUCCAGGAGUACCAGGUCAUCGGGCGCCACUUGCCCACCGAGUCCAACCCGACUCCUGCCCUCUACCGCAUGCGCAUCUUUGCGCCCAAUGCGGUCGUUGCUAAGUCCCGCUUCUGGUACUUCCUUCGCGGUCUCCGCAAGGUGAAGAAGGCCACCGGCGAGAUCGUCACCUGCAACACGAUCACCGAGAAGCACCCCCUGAAGGUCAAGAACUUCGGUGUUUGGAUCCGCUACGACUCCCGCUCUGGCACCCACAACAUGUACAAGGAGUACCGUGAGCUCUCUCGCACCGCCGCUGUCGAGGCUCUCUACUCCGACAUGGCUGCCCGCCACCGUGCCCGCUUCAGGUCCAUCCACAUCCUCAAGGUCGUUGAGCUCGAGAAGACCGAGGACAUCAAGCGCCCCUACAUCAAGCAGCUUGUCACCAAGAAGCUCUCCUUCCCUCUUCCCCACCGCGUCCCCAGGAUCUCCAACAAGAAGAUCUUCUCCGCCAAGCGCCCCGCUACCUUUGCUUAA